AUGCCCGAGAGCUACCCGCCUAGAGAUUCAAAAAAGGGGAAAGCCAUAGUCCUCCGGGAGGAGCCUGAGGAGCAAAUGUCCUUCUCUCUAAGGGUACUCGAGGAGAAGCUACCGAAAGGAUACAAGCACCCAGUUAUUGGAGAUGAUGCCAUCAAGUGCCGAGUGUUCUUAAACACUCUUUCCGGCUCGACACAAAAAUGGUUCGAUGGAUUGUCGAACGGAUCCAUUACAUGCUUCCAAGACUUCAAGACCGUUUUCCUGUGCCAUUUCGCUAGUCGUAGGAAGUAUCAGAAGACAGACAAUUGUGUCUUUGCCCUCAAGUCAGGGUCUGUCGAGCCCUUGAGAAGCUAUAUCAAACGCUUCAACCAGGUAGCCCAAGACGUCCCGUCCGCUACCUCGGAGAUACUGAUGAGCGCCUUCUCCCAUGGUUUGGUAGAAGGAGAGUUCUUCCGAUCCUUCAUCCAAGAGUCUGUGAAGAACUUUAAUGAGAUGCUAGGGAAGACCGCUAGCUAUAUCAAUAUAGAAGAAGCAUAG